AUGUCAUCAAACUCAUUAGAACAAUUAAAAUCAACUGGUACUACAAUUGUUACUGAUACCGGUGAAUUUGAACAAAUUGCUAAAUAUAAACCACAAGAUGCUACUACAAAUCCAUCUUUGAUUUUAGCUGCUACUAAAAAUCCAGAUUACGCUUCAUUAAUUGAUGUCGCUGUUGAUUAUGCUAAAAAACAAGGUUCAUCAAAAGAUCCAUCAGAAUUGGCAAAUAUUGCUUUAGAUAGAUUAUUAAUUGAAUUUGGUAAAGAAAUUUUAAAAAUUGUUCCUGGUAGAGUUUCAACAGAAGUUGAUGCUAGAUUAUCAUUUAAUAAACAAGCUACAAUUGAUAAAGCUAUAAGUUUAAUUAAAUUAUAUGAAUCUCAAGGUAUUAAAAAAGAAAGAAUUUUAAUUAAAAUUGCUUCAACUUGGGAAGGUAUUCAAGCUGCUAAAGAAUUAGAAGAAAAACAUGAUAUUCAUUGUAAUUUAACUUUAUUAUUUUCAUUUGCACAAGCUGUUGCAUGUGCUGAAGCUAAAGUUACUUUAAUUUCUCCAUUUGUUGGUAGAAUUUUAGAUUGGUAUAAAAAUGCGACUGGUGAAUCAUAUACUGCUGAAACUGAUCCUGGUGUUAAAUCUGUUAAAGAAAUUUUCAAUUACUACAAGAAAUAUGAUUAUAAAACAAUUGUUAUGGGUGCUUCAUUUAGAAAUACCGGUGAAAUUAAAGCUUUAGCUGGUUGUGAUUUCUUAACUGUUUCACCAAAAUUAUUAGAAGAAUUAUAUAAUUCAACUGAAGAAGUUCCAAAACAAUUGGAUGCAUCAAAAGCUAAAUCUGAAUCAAUUGAUAAAGUUUCAUUUAUUAAUGAUGAAGCUAAAUUUAGAUUAGCUUUAAAUGAAGAUGCCAUGGCAACUGAAAAAUUAGCUCAAGGUAUUAGAUCAUUUGGUAAAGAUGCUGCUACUUUAUUAGAACAAUUGGAAAAAAAAUUCUAA